AUGAAGAAUUUAGCUAAACCAAAGAUUAAUUAUCCUUUUCUCAUUCUUCUUCCAUUCCUUUUAUUUUUCAUCUGGUUUCCAAAUUUCAAGCCGUUCAAUAGAGAAAUGCCGGAAGUUCAAGCUCCCUCUAAGAGCCUGAUCAGACUUCAAACCUGGAAUCUUCGAUUCGAUUCGCAACCCAAUGGCGAAAGUGUUCAAGACACAAUUAGUAGAAUGGAACGAAAAGUUCCUCAAGAUAACAAAAUCUCUUAUUACGAGACUUCUGGUGAAGUUCCAUGGUCAAAGAGAAGGAUAAGCAUUGCCAACCACGUGGUCUUCAAUGGAGCAGGUAUCUUUGCAGUCCAGGAAGCAUUGUAUAGACAAGUUCAAGAUCUCAAUGAACUUUUGAACCUUUUUGAUUCCUCCUCCUGGGACUGGAUUGGUCUUGGGAGAGACGAUGGAAAAUUAGGCGGUGAGUUUGAGGCUAUCUUCUAUGAUACAGAAAGAUUUGAGCUGAUAGAAUGGGAUAAUUUCUGGCUUUCAAAAACUCCGUUUGAGCCUUCUAGGUAUCCUGGAGCCGGUUCCUUGAGAACUGUAACAAUUGGACUAUUUAAGUUUAAAGGAGAAGAAUCAAAAAACCCCUUUAUUAUCAUGAAUACACACUACGACGAACAGAGUGAAAAUCAAAGACGGUUGGCUUCCUCUCUGAUCAAAUAUAGAGCAAGCUAUGAGUUCGAACGUUUAAAAAAUGAAUAUGGUGUUGAAAAUCCAAGUAUAAUACUGUGUGGUGAUUUGAAUUCUCAUAGUUUCAAUGAAAAUUCUGGAGGUUAUAGAAUCAUUACAGGAAACCAGCCCCUAGAGACUGAUGAGAUUUCUUCAGAAUUUGCAGAGAGAUUUCGAAGUGCCAACCUGAGCAAAUUCAACUUUAGAGAUUUAAUGGAAGAGACCCCUCCUCAAUUUCGUUUUGGUCACUUAUCCACUUUUACUGGGUUCAGCAAAAUUGGCGACACUUCCAAGUUUUCCCGUAUUGAUUUCCAGUUUGGAGCAACAUGGGAAGAAGAUGGCAAGACCAAUCAUGGAUGGAAGGCUUUAAAGUACAAAGUCGAUGAGAUAUUCUAUGACAACGAGUACCCAUUGUCAGAUCACCGUCCAGUAGUUACAGAACUUCUAUUAUAA